AAGACAUCACAGCGUGCGCGCGUGGGUUUCUUCUCUCUGCCCGCAAGAGAGAGAGAGAGGGAGAGAGAGAGGGAGAGAGAGAGAGAGAGGGAGGGAGAGAGAGAGUGGCUGCGCCCCGCUGCUGCCCGCACCGCGGUCCCGGGAUUCUUGAGCUGUGCCCAGCUGACGAGCUUUUGAAGAUGGCACAAUAACUGUCCAGUGAUGCCUGACCAUGACAGCACAGCCCUCUUAAGCCGGCAAACCAAGAGGAGAAGAGUUGACAUUGGAGUGAAAAGGACAGUAGGGACAGCAUCUGCAUUUUUUGCUAAGGCAAGGGCAACAUUUUUCAGUGCCAUGAAUCCCCAGGGCUCAGAACAGGAUGCUGAAUAUUCUGUGGUGCAACACGCAGAUGGGGAGAAGUCGAACGUACUCCGCAAGCUGCUGAAGAGGGCGAACUCGUAUGAAGAUGCCAUGAUGCCUUUUCCAGGAGCAACUAUAAUUUCCCAGCUGUUGAAAAAUAACAUGAACAAAAACGGUGGCACCGAGCCCAGUUUCCAAGCCAGCGGUCUUUCUAGCACAGGCUCCGAAGUACAUCAGGAGGAUAUAUGCAGCAACUCUUCAAGAGACAGCCCCCCAGAGUGUCUUUCCCCUUUUGGCAGGCCUACUAUGAGCCAGUUUGAUGUGGAUCGCUUAUGCGAUGAGCACCUGAGAGCGAAGCGCGCCCGGGUUGAGAAUAUCAUCCGGGGUAUGAGCCAUUCCCCCAGUGUGGCAUUAAGGGGCAAUGAAAAUGAAAGAGAGAUGGCCCCGCAGUCUGUUAGUCCCCGAGAAAGUUACAGAGAAAACAAACGCAAGCAGAAGCUGCCCCAGCAGCAGCAACAGAGUUUCCAGCAGCUGGUUUCAGCUCGAAAAGAACAGAAGCGAGAGGAGCGCCGACAGCUGAAACAGCAGCUGGAAGACAUGCAGAAGCAGCUGCGCCAGCUGCAGGAGAAGUUCUACCAGGUCUAUGACAGCACCGACUCUGAAAAUGAUGAAGAUGGCGACCUGUCUGAAGACAGCAUGCGAUCAGAGAUCCUGGAUGCACGGGCCCAGGACUCAGUGGGGCGCUCCGACAAUGAGCUGUGUGAGCUGGACCCCGGGCAGUUCAUCGACAGGGCUCGAGCCCUGAUCAGGGAGCAGGAGAUGGCGGAGAACAAGCCCAAGCGAGAAGGCAGCAACAAAGAGAGAGACCACGGGCCAAAUCCCUUGCAGCCAGAAGGCAAGCAUCUGGCAGAGACCCUAAAACAGGAGCUGAACACGGCCAUGUCACAGGUCGUGGACACGGUGGUCAAAGUCUUCUCAGCCAAACCCUCUCGCCAGGUUCCUCAGGUCUUCCCACCUCUCCAGAUCCCCCAGGCCAGAUUCGCAGUCAAUGGGGAAAACCACAAUUUCCAUACGGCCAACCAGCGCCUGCAAUGCUUUGGUGACGUCAUCAUUCCGAACCCCCUGGACACCUUCGGCAAUGUGCAGAUGCCCAGUUCCACAGACCAGACAGAAGCACUUCCCCUGGUGGUCCGCAAAAACUCAUCCGAGCAAUCUGCCUCUGGGCCAGCCACGGGUGGCCACCACCAGCCCCUGCACCAGUCACCUCUCUCUGCCACCGCGGGCUUCACCACCCCUAGCUUCCGCCAUCCCUUCCCCUUGCCCUUGAUGGCCUACCCGUUUCAGAGUCCACUAGGUGCUCCCUCUGGCUCCUUCUCGGGAAAAGACAGAGCUUCUCCCGAGUCCUUAGACUUGACCAGGGACACAACGAGCCUGAGGACCAAGAUGUCAUCCCACCAUCUGAGCCACCACCCCUGUUCACCAGCACACCCACCCAGCACCGCAGAAGGACUCUCUUUGUCACUCAUAAAGUCUGAGUGUGGAGAUCUUCAAGACAUGUCCGACAUCUCACCUUAUUCGGGAAGCGCAAUGCAGGAAGGGUUGUCACCCAAUCACUUGAAAAAGGCCAAGCUCAUGUUCUUUUACACCCGUUACCCCAGCUCCAACAUGCUGAAGACCUACUUCUCUGAUGUGAAGUUCAACAGAUGCAUCACCUCCCAGCUCAUCAAGUGGUUCAGCAAUUUCCGCGAGUUUUACUACAUUCAGAUGGAGAAGUACGCGCGUCAAGCCAUCAAUGACGGGGUCACCAGCACAGAAGAGCUGUCCAUCACCAGAGACUGCGAGCUGUACCGAGCCCUCAACAUGCACUACAACAAAGCAAAUGACUUUGAGCAGGUCCCAGAGAGGUUCCUGGAAGUUGCACAGAUCACACUACGGGAGUUUUUCAAUGCCAUCAUUGCGGGCAAAGAUGUAGACCCUUCCUGGAAGAAGGCCAUCUACAAGGUCAUCUGCAAGCUGGAUAGUGAGGUCCCUGAGAUUUUCAAAUCCCCGAACUGCCUGCAAGAACUCCUUCACGAGUAGAGAUUGCAACUCUUCUGAAUGUAUGAAUACAAGUCCCCCCUGGCUGUCCACCUUCUGUGUGUCUACAUUCUUAUUUCGUAUAUACAUGUGUGGGGGAGGCCUGGGUGUGUCGUGUGCCAGCUGGUGGUUCCCGCUCAUCCCCUCUGUGUCCCGUUUGUUUUCCCCACUACAGGGGGGAUGGGUAUUUUCCUUCUUUGCCUUUAGUUACUUUUGCCCAAGGCCCUUAAUAUUUGGAGACUUGAGGUAGGGUUGAUUUUUCAGGAGAAGGGAAUGUCAGCCUGUUUAAAGUCUACAAGAGCCAAGGACUCUCUGCUCACCUGGAAGCCUAUUGUUAAUGGUGGCCAGCAGAGUGAACCCCAGACUAUGACACAGCACAUACCCACACCUGUGCUGGCUGUAUCUCUUGCUUCUAGGGUUAAGAUGUUCUGGAAGAACCCAAGGAAAGCACUUCCCACACUGGAACACCUUGUUUGAGUUGAGCCCAUAAGUAACUGCUUCUUACACAUUUAAACCAACGGCGGCAAUAGCCCCAGGCAGCUCCCAUCUCAAAAGUGCCCUGAAAGGACAGAUUUUAGAACCAUCAUCCUCACCAAGCCUUUUCUAAGAGAAAUGGCAUAUAUCCCAGACUAAAUUUUGUAUAAGACCCAUUCUCUCGAGAUGAGACUGGAACUCUGUGCAGGUCGACCAGCUGUCCCUGUAAACUUUAUCACUGGUGCUUGGUGAGGUGUGCACUCAGAGGGAUCGACUUAGAGGAAACCCUGUGCUUUGUCUUCAUUUCCUAUUUAUUUUGCUUCAGAUAUUAAAAGGCAUGUACCUUUCAAAUGUAUCCUUUGCUCGACUUUAUAUGCUUAGCCUUUUUUUUAUCCUCCUAGAACACUAAUUUCUGGAUACCUUUCUGCAGUAAGGAAUUAAGAAAUCCCUCUGACCAUGAAAUCCUUGCCUACUCUUGGGGCAUGUUGAUAGCUGCUAGUGGGCCUGACCUUCAGGUCCUGUGAGGACACCACCCAGGAAUGGCUCAUUUGAAUAUGGGUACGCAAGGGUAGCAGCCUCUCUCUUCACCUUGGGUAUAACAUCUCAAAGUGACUGAUGGCUGAUGAUGUCUCUCCUGCUUCAGAAGCUAAUAGUGAUCAAAGUGUGAUCAGAAGAUUAGUUUGGGAUUACCCAAGAUGACACACAGUUUCACAUACUGAGAAAGCUAGCUGCUAUUUUACCCAUUCUCAAAUUGUCCUCGUCCCUCCCCCCACCCCGUUUUUUGAUGAUGUGCUGUGUUCUAUUCUUGCAUUUAAAAUGCUGAAUAUCGUUCACUUGUUUUCUUGGCUGGGUUUUUUUUUUUGUAUGUAUGUGUGUAUAGAUGCAGUGAGCGGCACUGUCCACUCUAACAGUGUGGCCCAGGCCCUUCUUCCCCUUAGAUAAUUUGAUAUACACACUCUGAAAACAAUAGAGUAACAGAUCUGGUAUUUAAAGCAUAAGGAACAGAAAUGCCAUUUUUUCAUGAAUUUUCUUUUAAAAUGGAAAAACAUCAUUUGACUUUGGAGGAUGCAGGUCAGCCCUUGUGCCUGUCUAGCUGGCUGGAUCGCUGUAAUUCAACAUCAUUUAUAAAUUCUGCUGAUGGACAGGAAUGUAUGAACACAGUUAUUGUCAGCACAAAGCCUUAAAACCUGCUGACUUUAAGCUAAACAGUGCAGCCCUGCAAGGCCCAGCAUCUUCCGGGAGGCCAGAAGGCCCUGGUGAUGAGGACAGAGCCUGCAAAGCGUGGUCAACACUGAUGGUUCACUACGAUGGCAUCUCUGAGGGCUCAUGCACCCGGACGUGCACAUGUAAUUAUUAAAGGUAUAUUUAUUAUUUUUCUGGGUGUCCUUAAAACAAAAAGCCCAGGUAACCAUACCAGUGAAAUAAACGCUGAAAAUCAAGAGCCCAGUCAGUGGGAAGCAUGGAAGCCUUUGACAUGCUCUGUCUGGGGAGUUCCUGCAAGGGUCCAGCAGGGUCCUUGGCUGUUCUGAGUCACCUGCCAAUCAGAUUCCCAUCAUGUUACCCUUUCCAAGGUCAAAGGCAAAGCUGCAGUGUAGUCCUGGGUAGACAGAUUGCUAGGUAUCUUUACAAUCUGGGGCAAAUGAAUAUUGAUUCUAGACUUACUUGGAUUUUCAAACUCUUGUUUUCCUCUGUCUUUCUAAUUGAAAUAGACAAAUUCAGGGAAAAAAUGUGUUUUCUACUGAAAGUCAGUGCCCUUAUGUACCUAGAAUCUACACUCAGUGUUCAGUAGGGCUGGAGAUUAUUUCACAGUCAGCCUGGGACAGACUCAGCUCUGUGCUGGAAGGGGGUCUUCACGGCUUUGUGUUGUGGUGGUUGCUCCCAAUACAGCCAUGGGACCAUGUGUCUCCCCAUACAGUGGUAAAAAAAAUGCCUGUCUCCUAUCAAGCCAUUAGUUUUUAAAUAAAACAACAACAACAAAACUAUCUACCACCUUUCAAAUAUGGGUUCAGCUCUCACCAAGUGAAAACUGUUCUGCGCAAAGGAGAAAGAUAACUUCUCACAGUGGGAGCUGGGGACCAACUCUAAAGUCUGUUGCAAUUCCAUAUCGCCAUUUCUUUUAUGCUAACCCUAUAAUUUUUUUUUUUUGCGCGUACACUCAAGGUGAUAGUCUGUGCCUAGAUCUAAAAUGCACCAGCGCUGGGAUUUUUAAAAAUCCUUCAAAAUACCAGUUCUUUCCCCACAAGUACGGCUGUUCUUGUGCCUUCUGUGACUCUGUUUCAUCUCUUUCUACUUUAUUUCCAGUGACUACAGCUGCAAUAAACACUAGAUUUUUUUUUCUGGCUGUUUGACGUAAUGUUGAUAGCUAUGCAUAUCUUGUGUCUUUUUAAAACAAAGCGGGAGAAUAACGUUUUUGAAGAAGAGAAAUUUUUAGAACAGUUUGAUACACCGCAAAUUAUUUUUUUCCCUCAAUUGUUCGAGCAGCAUUCGCGUUUUGGAGAUCCUUGUAGAAGCCAGUUUUUUUUUUGUUUUGUUUUUUGUUUUUGUUUUGUUUUGUUUUGUAUCUGUGGUGUAACUCUCGUGUUUUCUUAGCCUAAUGAGAAGCACUAUAGAAGCAAUAUUUCAUACCAUGUGCAAUGUGUGUGCAGAUGUGUGCGUGAACACACAGGCACACACAUGUAAAAAAUAUACAUAUGUAUGCGUGUGAAGUAGAAAGCUUACCUUUUCUUAUCUAGAUUUAAGAACUUAUUUUAGGCGUAUGUCACGUUUGUGAGAAGAAUCUUCUAUUUGCAACAACACGCCAUUUCCUUCUCACCGUCUCUCUGGCUGUUCAAUGGAGGUGUUUUGCAUUAAAUGGUAAAAAACUAUGUGGAAGACGUUAGGAUAUAGUAAUUAUUUCUGUACCCGUUUACACCCCCAUUUUCCUGAAGUUUGCUUUGUGCCUCUGAGUAUUACUUAAUUGAAGUGUUUUUAUGUUUGAAGAAUCCUUGUUACUGUGCUAGGAAUAUGGGUGAAUAUCAUUUUUAAAACAAUUUAAAAUCAUCAAAACAGAAACACUAAAGCAAAGGGGGAACUUUUAUAAAGAAAUGUAAAUAUUUGAACUCAUGGCCGUUGUUAUGUAAGACAUGAGAUUUUUAAUAAAUAUCUACAGUAUCACAGCAUCUGUUGAAUUUAUUAGGGACACUACAGUGACUGUACAGGCAGUUGAAAGCAUUCUCAAAAAAUACUGUUCUCUACUUGCAAAAGGUAACAGCCCCUAUCAGAUGGCAAGGGCAAGGGUAACGGUGUCUCUGUAAAUUGCCGACGUUUCUUUUCUGUGUCAUGAAGGCAUUUAGUAAGUGAUCACCUACGGCCCCACACGUGCAGGUUAAUACCGACUACUUAGCUUAAAGAGUUUUGGGGGAGUUAAACGUAGAAUGCUCCUCCAGAGCGACCAUAAGUUAAUCAAAGGGUGGUUUACAGAAUUCCCCGGAGCGGCGGUGUGUGUGAGGACGCGAACAGUCUCUGCUGUGUAUAUUAUACUCAUUGGGGUGAGCAGCGCAACCGUUCCCUCCUGGUGUAAACGCUUGUGUCUGCAGGCUGCAGCGUCGCUUUCAGAGGCUCCCCUCGGAAAAUGUAGCGGUUGGUGGGUCGAUCGCGCAUGCGUGUCACGUGCUAGGAAGCACAGCUUCGCCUGUGUAGAUCCCCUGGUUUUAAACCAUCUGAAAGAACUAAAACUGAAAGGCUCAUCUUUAGAGCUGGGAUCCAAACCGGUGUUUAAUCUUUGCAUCCUUUUGAAUGACCCUUCUAAGACUGUGUGGAAGCAGGUGGACUUUGAGUCUUCUCAAUUGAGCUCUCUCUCAAAUCAGACAGCCCCUAAAGUGCACAGACGUGGACAGGCAGGCAAAUGGCCAGCCUGCCUUUGUGAAAAUGGAUUCACUAGAUAUUUUUGUAAUAACAAACUCCUCUGCAGAUGGGGAAUAAAGCAUUUUAAAGUUAUAUAUGCCACUUCAAAUUUAGACUUAGGAAAAAUGAUGUAUUUGGAGCUGGUCUCAGUUCCCUAGAAGAGUCAAAGGUCACAGCUUCCCCCAAACAUUGUCCCAGCCAUUUCUCAUAUGUAUAUAGUAUAAACCGUGACAAACACUGCCUUUAUAUGAUUUAGCAAUAUGUUGUAAAUAGCAUUAUGGAGCUCUUUUUUGUAAUAAAGACCCUUUGAUUUGAAUAUAGUACAAUAACUGAACUGAUAAAGUCAAUUUUUGAUUUUUUUUAGCUAGAGGCAAUUUCAAUUGUGCAUUUUGUUAUUGUCUAUUGUUCUGAAGACUGCAUAAUUUAUUGGUUUAAUUUAUCCUAAUUUAUUUGAUGAAGGUGUACAAUUUUGUAUUACCAAGGAUGUACUGUAAUAUUAAUUGAUAGGAUAAAAACAGUGAGACUCCCUGUCCAUAUUCAAAAGAAAACAUAAAAGGUGCCAUAGACGAUUGAUUUUAAAGUAAAAUGUAAAACGAUUUAGUUUGGCAGCUACUAAAUUUUAAAACAAGGAAAACCUGAAGGACAACGUUGUCAUGGGGAGGGCGGGGAGGGUUUCCGCUGUGUGUUUUAAGCUUUUCUAUAUUCUCCGAACUCUGACCGUCUGCUUUGUACCACGAAAGGGUGCAGUAGUCAACUGCCUUGUGUGCCUUCCAUCCUCUCCUAAACUGAAUGUAUGUGCAGUAUAUAUGCAAGCUUGUGCAAAAUAAAAUAUACAUUACAAGCUCA